AUGGUGUGCAUUCAGUCAUUCACUCUUCUCUGGCUUGCUUCGACAGCAGCUGCCCAAAAGUGCAAGAUCCAAUUCGAUGGACGCAUCCCGUCCGGGACCGCACUCAAGUCUCUCGAUGCCAAGAACAACUUCUUCAAUCCUCAGAAUGUGUUUGGCAAGGGCCUAGCCUUCAGCCAAGUUCUCCAACUGCCCAAGCAGGCCGGCUCUCCUUUUGACGGCACGAAGAGCGUGCCCAUUGAAGUCACCAUCAGUGACAAGUCGAUCUUUAACAACCAGACCGGUUUUCGUCGCGCCGAGCUUAUCCCGUCCAGCAACUCCGGCACGGACCCAUCCACCACGGGCGUGAAGACCCUCCACUUCAGCAUCGCAAAAGAUGCUCAACGGCCCCUCAAUGUCUCCCACGAGUACCAGAUGGCUUUCCUAGAGAGUAACGACUUCAGCACGAACCAGAUGGUUCUCAAAACUGGCACCAUUCUCGGCGGAAGCAACGCCAACCCGGACACGCUCCAACUCUUCGGCAAUGUCAACACGAAGCCUUCGCCUCCUGUCUUGUUCAGCACCCCCUUCACUGAGGGUGUGACGCACAACUUUGCCGUAACAUUGGAUUUUGGGGCCAACACGAGCAAGGUCUUCUACUCGACUGGCAAGGAUCCCCUCAAGGCCCAGGGCGAUGCAGUCAAGAACGACGUUAGUGGACAGGGCCAGUACCACUUUGGUCUUCUCAAGAAGCCCGUAGGAGGCACCGGGGACAUCACCAAGAACGGCUUCCAGCCUUCCGGCAUUAACGAGGGAGUCAUCUUUAGCGGUAUCUUCCUUGAGGACAGCGCCGACGGAUGCGUCAGCCUGGCUCCGUAA